UAUGCAGCCAUGCGAAUACGAGACAUAUGGCCCAUCUGAUGCGCAGGCCGUUCAUGCCUACGAGCUUUUAAAGCAGGAUUAUGAAAUGGCUAUGCAAAAGCUGAAUUCAACAAUGAAUUCUAUAAAAACGUUUUGGAGCCCUGAACUUAAACGAGAAAGGCAGCUGCGGAAAGAGGAAACAGCAAAAUUCACAGCGCUACAGAGACAGAUGGUUGGCCCUCAGAAUGGUUCGGGAUUUCGAGUUGCCGAACUUGAGGCAGAACUCGAAAAUUGCCGGUGUGAACUUGCUGAAAAAGAUGAAACAAUCAGACGACUUAUGGAUCGUACGAAUGCAACUACCGUGUAUCGUGAUGGUGGCAGUCGCAUGGCCAGCUUGGAAACGAAGUGCAAUCAGUUGGAAUCGCUGCUUGAAAUUCGAGAAGAGCAGAUUCGAUCGAUGGAGCGACAUCUUUCUCAGCUUCCGAUUUCUUCUUCUCAGGCCGCCAAGAAUCAACGAAUAGCUGACUUGGAAGAUGAGGUUGCAAUGUUGCGAUCCGAGCGAGCAGAGCAUCCACGAGACUUCACUGAUAAGACGGUGACGCCACACGAAGUUAACACGCUUCGAAUGAAAAUGGAAAGGAGUGAAGUAGAAUUAGCGCAAAAGACUGCGGAACUGUCGGCCGUUCAAGCUCGCUUGCAAGCUGCAACAGAAGCAGUUGAGGAUCUCAGGAAGCGCGUUGAAGUUUUCCGCGAAUCAUCUACAGCAAAAGAAAAGCACGCUGCACUUUUACAGUCUGACAUUGAAGCACUUCGUGCCAAAUUGGAAACAAAGAACACUCAAAUUGAACAAAAGGAGAAGGCGUGUGAGCGACUUGAAGCCGAAAUAACUGUCGAAAGAAGUCAAGUUACAGACCUUCGCAACAGCAACAGAAACCUUGAACAAAAGAUAAAUCAGUUGAUGGCACGGAUCGAUUCUCUCGAAAGUCUUCUACAUGAUAAGGAUGGCGAAUUAGAAAAAGCAAAGCAAAAGUUGUUAGCUCAUCCUGACGUGCAGAAGGAAGAAGCGUUGCAGUUGCAGAUAGACGAAGCUCACAGGGAAAAAGUGCGAAUGCAGUCCUUGAUUGAUGAGCUGCGUCGCAAUGCUGAAAAAGAAAAAAUGCAACAACUGGAAGCGUUCCAAGCUCGAAAUCAGCAGUUAGUGGCAACGAUUGAAAGUCUGCAGAAAGAACUAGAUGAUCGGCAGGUGCUAUUGGAAUCUCAAAGUGAAAAAAUCGGUGAUUUGGACAGGGAACUGUUAACAGCAGAACGACAGUGCAAGGACCGUCUUUCUGAAGCGAGAAAAGAAAUCCAGUCUCUUCUUCGAAUGGUACAAUCACUAGAAAAAGAUAAAGCUUCGCUGAUAUCGCAGUGCAAGCAGUUUCAGAACAAGCUGGAAGACACACACAAGGAUGACAGCACUUCCACAGUUGGUCAGCUUCGACCAGAAUAUUCGGCGCUCUCAACUGAAAGCUCCCUUAGAUCCAGGGUGGAGGAACUGGAAGAAGCGUUGCGUGAAUCGGUGAGUAUCACUGCUGAAAGAGAGCUCCAUUUAACUGAAUCUCAUCGCGAGUUAAACGAGCUCCGACGCCGCGUGAAAAAAUUAACAAGUAGUGAACGAGAGGAGAUUUUGCAUACACUGGAAGCUGAGAAACGACGACAAAUCGAGCAGCUCCUUCAGCUAAAACAUGAAGCGUUGGUGGCAGCAAUUGCAGAGAAGGAUGCCCAUAUUGCGCUGCUGGAACAGUCCAGGGAACGACCACGUGAUGAAAUCGAAAUGCUGCGCCUUCAUAAGGAAAGAUUGAUGGAAAAAUUGAAAGAAGAAAAUGAACGCCGUACGCAGCUGAUCGCUUCUACCAGUAGAACACAUAGUAAGAAAUUUUCCAUGGUACAUUAUUUUGCUUUAGUAGGAACGGUGGGUUACUUCGGGCUUGUGUUGCAAGUGAUCUCUUGGAAGAGGGUAAUAUUGCGAGAGCAGUACCGGCUGCAUCGAGCAGUGCUCAGCGAAGCCUGGCUUUGUCGCAGCACCAAGUCAUCACUGAUCAGGUUCGUAUUCUGAAA